CGUCAUUCAUGUCAUUUCCUUUUUCAAAGGGGGCCGUCCGAUUAUAGUUUGUGAUUGUUUUUAUCAAAUAAACGAAUAAAAUGGCUGAGGAUACGACAGCCGACGCAACUAGGCGAUUAAAUGUUAAGAAACAGACGCUGGACGACGCGUACGCGGCGCCGGCCAACUUCCUAGAGAUCGACGUGGUGAACCCCGUCACCACCAUGGGUGUCGGGAAAAAACGAUACACGGAUUACGAAGUCCGUAUGAGGACGAACCUGCCCGUAUUCAAAGUGAAGGAGUCCACCGUGAGGCGACGGUACAGCGAUUUUGAAUGGCUUAGAAACGAAUUAGAGAGAGAUAGUAAGAUUGUAGUCCCCCCCUUGCCUGGUAAAGCGUUAAAGAGACAACUACCGUUUAGAGGAGAUGAUGGCAUCUUUGAAGAAGAGUUCAUUGAAGACCGUAGAAAAGGUCUAGAAGUGUUCAUCAACAAGAUAGCGGGCCACCCACUGGCGCAGAACGAGCGAUGCCUGCACAUGUUCCUGCAGGAGCCCACCAUCGACCGCAACUACGUGCCCGGCAAGAUACGGAACACAUAAUACACAUAAGUAUUCCGAGCUUCAGCCGUUGGGACAAACCUCUUUGGUGUGUAUAAACUUUUUUUGGAGCAGGGUUUUGUUGGUGGCCAGGUGGUUUGUUUUUAAAAUGAUGUUAAGAUCUUUUUAAUCAUGAUCAGAGACUUGGUGAAUGUUUAAAUUAAAUGGAUAUAUUAUGUGUGUAUAUUAAAGAGUUGUGUAUUUACAAAAGUAACGAGAGAUUUGUCCCAAACAGAGGCACUAUAGUGCGAGUAUUAUUGCAUUUGUGAUGUCACGCGAUCAUUUUACAUUGUUGUAUAAAGAAUAUUUAUUAAAUCAGAACAUGCAAUAAUAUUCCAUUUGAAACGAACUUGCAAUGCAGACUUUAUGGAAAUAACGUUUAACGCACUGUGUUUCAAUAACUGCAUUCCACAGAUUAUAUUUUAUGGAGAUACAUUUAAAGUCUAUUUCAGAAUGUGGAAUUAGCGACUGAUGAACUUUCCACGGUAAACAUUACUUUAUGCAAUAGGAUAACGAUCUCUAUUUUGCAGUUAUUCGAUAUGGCAAGGUCGAGUCACUUACGAUCUUUCGCAUUUGGAAUAUAGGUAAUUGAACGAGAUACAAUCAGAGGCAAAAGUGACCGAACGUAACAUUCAUUUGUUUUGAUAUUGAACAAAAUUUUCGUAGUUAUGUUGGAAUUUAAGCAAUAUUGAUUAAAUUUGUUAAGUAGCAAAUAUGUAUGUGUAUUCGAACGUAUUCUAAAUCUAAUUUUAAAAUUAAUUUAUGAGGCAUUAUUGUUAAUGGAUUAUUUGUAACUCAGUCCUCACUCGUAUUUUGUCAGAGGUAUUUUAUAAUCUCAUUUAUAUUACGUGUUUGAUUCGUGUUAGUUUGCAGGAUAAAGUGUGUUUUCGCAUAAUAUGAAGGUAGCUCAGAAAUAAUAGAUUGAAAAGUUUGAUGUUUUAUACGAUCACCAGUGGCCUCAUUUGUAAAAGUAGUUUAAUCACUUUGAGUGCAGAAAAGUAACUAAAAUGUUAUCCUUGCUAUACAAAAUAUCGUUAGUGGUCGAACUUAAAUCACAAACUCGUCACACUUCAACCAAAAGUCGGAAGCACACGAUUCUCCGUCGGAUAAUUAAUUUAAACAAUAAUUUUACUUUUAGUUUACACGCUAAUAGUUAAGAUUUUUAUUUAAUUAAUGCAAGUUACAAAACAAAAACAUAUUUUAAAUAUGGUUUAAACCUAAUGCCUUGAUUGAGCAUAGAAUAGAUAAUUUAAAUGUAUACUUAUACUUUGAUUGAGGGGUAAAUCUGGAAAUAUUCUGAAUAAAAAAUCUAUAUCUGUUUCAAUUAGCUGGCUAUUGGAAGAGUAAAUUACACAGAACAAGAAAAUACCUAAUCCUUAAUUACUUAAUACAAGUCCUAGUAUUUUCAGUUACAGCCCCUCAAUUGAAUAAAUAAUAAUAAUUGGUACAGUUUAUAAACUGUACUAGAAUGUCAUUAGUAAAUGUUUAAAUCACUGGGUGAUGCUAAACGACUGUUUAGAAUUUAACAUUAACGUUUUAUAAUUGUGUCGAUAUUUUGUUAAAACACAAUUUAUUGGUUUAUUAUUGUAAUAAUUAUGUCGAUCAUAUAGGUUAUGUAAUGAAAUAAAUUUGCUAUCAUGUC